AUGUGUCGGUUUCUGGUCUACCGCGGUAACGAUGAGAUCAUUCUCUCCAAGCUCAUUCUCGACCCCACGCACUCGAUUCUUCGCCAGUCCUUUGAUUCGCGCUUGCGACUAGAUACCCGCCGAGGACAGAACAAUGCCGACGGCUUUGGCAUUGGUUGGUAUACUGAGCCCAAGCUUGGCUACGAGCCGUGCAUCUUCAAGUCGACGACACCAGCCUGGAACUGCAGCAAUCUUCCUCGUAUCGCUUCCAAGACGGCGUCUCGCCUCAUCUUUGCUCAUGUCCGAGCCACGACUGAGGGCUCGCUCAGCGAAGACAACUGCCAUCCUUUCUGCCACGGCAGUCUCAUGUGGAUGCACAACGGCGGCAUUGGUGCCUGGAAAUACGUCAAGAGGCGAUUGGGCGAGAAGCUCGAGGACAAGUGGUAUCUCGGCGUCACUGGCGGAACGGACAGCGAGUGGGCCUUCGCCCUAUUCCUUGACCGACUCGAACGACUUGGAGUCGAUCCUAGCUCUCAGCCCCCCAGAGGAUUCAACCCUACACUGUUGAGGAGAGCCAUGCUGCAGACUAUCGAGGUCAUCAACGAGCUCACUUCUCAGAUCCCGGAACGCAUCAAGCAGAACGAGGAUCUCGACACACGAAGCCUACUCAACUUUGCAGUCAGCGACGGUCACAGCAUAGUGUGCACUCGAUAUGUCAGCAGCAAGACAGACGAGGCAGCAAGCCUAUUCUUUUCCUCUGGCACCCAAUGGGACUUGAAGAAGACCACUUCGGCAGGCAGUGACUAUCAGAUGGACCGGCAAGACAAGGGAGCCGAUGUGGUACUAGUUGCUAGCGAGCCGCUGACGUUUGAAAGAGAGAAAUGGGUCAACGUGCCUACCAACUCAAUCCUCACUGUCCAAGGGCAGACAGUCAUGAUCAGCCCGAUCUUGGACCAAUACUCGCAAAAGGAUCCUCACCACAAGCGAUCUACGGCCUUCGCCGAUACCAAGGGUCUUAUCUCGACUGACAAAGCGGCACCGACCACUGCCACCCUCCCCGACGCUGCAAGCUCGGACCUGCGAAAUAAGCUCACCGCGGCCAACAUCAUCCCCAACCACACGCCACGCAGUCAAACCCCAGAUCGCUCCUCUCAAGCAAUGCGCGCCUACCCGACCGCUGUACAGCGGAUGCUGGCACCCGGCGAUUUACCCAUCCAGGGCAACAUCAAGAGAAAGCGAAGGUCACUUGGCGUGGGGGAGUGGGCUCAUCCGGCCGAAUAUAUUGAUGGCCAGGAACACUACGUGCCUGACAGCCCGGUGCUAAACCCGUCGCUCAGGGGCUCCGACCUCACUACCUCGGAGAAAGCUGCCCGUAUCUUAGGCAUGGCGCUGUAG